AUGGUGCCUGCGGUGCUGGUGCUGGUGGACCUCGACUGCCUCUACCAAUUCGAGGCGGGCAUCCUACAGCGCUUCACUCCGCCCUCCGCCACGCGUGGGAAGAGGGCUGUCGAAGGCGCCGCCAUGGAGCGCAGCAGCGAGUAUCCGUUCUUGCCGCUACACUGGUUUUGCAACUCGCAGUACAAGAAGCAGCUCCGGGCCGCCUUUGCCGAGGAGGGCUUCUUUCGGGAUCUGCCACCGCGAGAUGGCGCGUUGGCUGCGUUCCACAGCAUGUUGGCCUUUGGCCUGGACGUGCGAAUCGUCAUCUCUUCCACAGCUGUUAGUGACCAGAUGAAGUGGGUGGAGUCCAAGCUUGGGCGCAACUGGACCGAUCGCGUCAUUGUCUCCAAGCCGUACAACGCAGCUGAGGGGAAGGACAAGAAGCGGAUGUACGAGUGGAAAAGUUGGAAGGACGUCCUGGGUCUGGGGCGUGUCAUAGACUUCCAGAACCACGAAGGGACAUUCUCAAUCGACACCACCAGCAUUCCUUUCUUCAGGCACGGUUCGGAGAACUCGCUGGAUGAGGACACGCUGUACUUGUUUCCUUCGCUGCCCGACGCCAAGGCCUGCGAGAGGUUCAUUGCGGGUUCGGCCGACGACAGAAACAUCUUCACUGUGACCACGGCCCCAGGGGCGACCGACCAGUCCCGGUCGAAGGUGGUCAAGGACUGCGACCAGGGCUACCCCGAUGAAAUCAACAACGCGCUGCUUGCCACCUACAGUCUGCACGCGCAAGAGCACUCGCUACCGCUUGCCGGGCCGGUCACGCGCCUCAUCGGGACCAAGCUCAUCGGUGCUACGCGUUGGAUGUACGUCACCGGCGCUACAAUUGUGACCACCUCGUGUUGGCGUCACUGUUGCCUGGUGGACUAA